AUGAGUUUACCAAGAACAUUAUUAGCUGUACUACUCAGCUAUGUGUCACUGUGCGCCCUCAGCGGGCCGCCGAUGGUGCAAGGCUUCUCCAUUGGCCAAUCGAAAUAUGGACGCAUCGAAAAGUUUCCCUACCAAGUGAUGUUAAUCGGCAAGCAAUUGUGGCGCAAACGCAUCCUCUGCGGUGGCACUUUGCUCGAUCAGCGCUGGAUACUUACCGCUGGCCACUGCACCAUGGGCGUCACACAUUUCGACAUCUACCUGGGCGCACUCACCGUUGAAGAUACACCCGAAACGGGCCGUCUAGUGCUGCGUUCCAACAAAUUCAUCGCACACGAAGGCUUCAAUCCCGAAACAGCCGCCAAUGACAUCGCACUCAUCAAGCUGCCGGUCGAUGUAGCCUUUACACAGCGCAUACAACCCGCCACGCUGCCAUAUCUCAGCCGCAAAGACGCACUCACCGGCGCCAAAGUGGUAGCCACCGGCUGGGGUGCCAACAGCGAGCUAUCCAAUUACAAUCCUAUGCAAUACACCGAACUGCGCGUGAUCUCAAAUCAGGAGUGUGCCAACGAAUUCGACGUCAUUACGAAUGGCGUACUCUGUGCAAAAGGUCUGCGCGAUGAAACCGUUUGCUCUGGUGACUCCGGCGGUCCGCUGGUGCUGAAGAAUACUCAAAUAGUUGUGGGCAUCACAAGCUUCGGACCAGCUGAUGGUUGUGAAACAAAUAUACCCGGUGGCUUUACGCGUGUCACCUACUAUCUGGAUUGGAUCGAGGCGAAAACGGGGAAAAUUGGGGUGCGGGUGCAAGCACAAAACCAAUGGCAAUGGCCAGCGCAGCAGGCACCAAUGGUGCAACGCUUACAACAGGUGGCUGCGGUGCAGAUACCACAACAAGCGCCACAAGUUCGCAGUGCGUUGCGUGUUAACGAUAAUAUUGUGUAA